AUGCAUUCAGAGAUACUUCUUCACUCUUGCCGUCAAUAUCGACCGUGUCAGUACGGUUUACGGUGGGCGAUUGGCUCACAGUAUCGCAACGUAUCCUACGUCAAGGCACAUCCUGUUCAGACCGCACCGGUCCCAACCUCAAAAAUUGACGACUCCAGAAUUUUCCUGGAUUAUGCUCUGUCACCGAACGCUACCCCCCUUCACAUCAAGCGGGCAUCUCCGAGUAGCGACUCGAGGGCACACAAAUUACUCCGCAGUCUACGGGAGGCAGAAGAUCGGAUCAUUGACAUCGAGCUAGGGCGCUACGACGACACCGUAGCUGGAUCGUUUGAACAAGUCAGCCUGCCACUCGGGCGAUAUCUCGAUUGGAUCGAGAGUGAUCAGUCCAACGGCGGCAAGGUUGCCGGGCGACAACUGUACCUUGCGCAAUGGCGAGCGAGCGGUGACAUACCAGCUCUUACACAACGCAUACAGCCGCCUCCGCUUCUGGGUCCACUACUCAAAGAUGGCCCUGUCGAGGCUGACUUGUAUCAGACGAGUUUUUUUAUUGGUCCCGCAGGCGCUAUCACACCUCUCCACUACGACCCAUACUUCAAUCUCUACCAGCUGUACGCCUCUGCGGAGCCUAAUCGCUACGCGAAGCACAUCUUCCUCCUCCCGCCGAGCGCAUCCGAGUUCGUAAAGCGUGCUGACGGGCAACACGCUCUGCGGAACACGUCUUCUAUCAACCUCUCGCUCCAGCCAUCCGACAGCGGAGAUGACUUCGCUGUUGUCGCCGCACCUGAUGCGCCGUCGCGCUCUGUGGAAGCGAUCUCGGGGCUGGGGUACAGUUGCAUCCUGAGGGAAGGCGAAACAUUGUUCAUCCCCAAAGGGUGGUGGCAUCGCGUGGAGAACGUCGUCCUUGGGCGAGAUCAACCUCCAUCAGGCUCUGGAUGGACUGCUGGUAUUGGAUGGUGGUGGCUACCACGUAGGAGCGCUUCAAGCACGUCGUAG